AUGCGCGGCGGGGCCGGCCCGGGGGCGGCGGGGCCGAACGAGACCGGGAGCCCCAUGCGGGGGCCGCCGCCAUGGGGCAGGUCCUGGGCUUCGCCCACUGCAGUACGGACCGGGAACCGGCACCGGGAACCGGCACCGGGGAGCGGAGAAGGGGCGGCGGCACCGGGAGGGGCCGGGGAUGGAGUACCGGGCACCGGGCACCGGGAACCGGGAACGGGGCGCGGGGUGGGGCUGGGGAUGGAGGGUGCGGGAGGGGCUGCGGGAUGCGGGAGGUACCGGGGAUGGGGAACCGGGAAUCGGUACCGGGGAUCGGUACCGGCAGCAGAGAACAGGGAGGGGCCAGGGACAACCGGGGAUGGGGGCACCGGGGCGGACCGGGCGGACCGGGGCUGCGGGAACCGGGAGGAGCCGGGCACGGGAGGACUGGGAGUGGCCGCGGAUGGAGGCACCGGGAACCGGGGAUGGAUCCGGCACCGGGAGGGGACGGGGGGAUCGGGAGUGCCCGGAGAUCGGGGCAGCACCGGGAGGGUCCGGGGCUGCGGGAACCGGGAGGAACCGGGCACGGGAGAACUGGGAGUGGCCGCGGAUGAGGGGUCCGGGAGUUACCGGGGGUAG